ACCCGCGCGGUCACCUGUGUCCUACGUCCUCAGUCGCACGGCGGCCGCGACGCGCGACGCACGUCUUGUUAUACUAUGACAUUGCCGUUAACGUGAUGGACGGGAAAGAGUUCGGUGCGGUCCCGGGCUUAUCUGGCCUGGACUACUUUAUGAUGCCGCGCGUUCAACCGGCCCCGCACUUCGACUUCAGAAAACUCGGCGCUAGUUUCAGCGGUCGUGAUGAUGAGAAAAAUGAAGCACCUGAUUUUCCGCCGGAGAGACGGGAUCCUGCACCUUGGCCCCUCGGCCUCGGGGUACAAUUCGUCAACCCAGCGACCGGGAAGAAAAGAGUGCAGUGUAAUGUUUGUUUAAAGACUUUCUGCGAUAAAGGUGCUUUAAAAAUUCACUUUUCGGCGGUUCAUCUGCGUGAAAUGCACAAGUGUACAGUGGAAGGGUGUACGAUGAUGUUCAGUUCGCGGCGCUCGAGGAAUCGCCACAGUGCUAAUCCAAAUCCGAAGUUACAUUCGCCGCACGUCCGGCGCAAGAUAUCGGCGCACGAUGGCAGGUCUGCUCAACCGUUUCCGUUACUGCCUGCCUUAGCGCGCCUGCCGCUACCUCCACCUGCACUAUUGCCACCUGAGCUGGCAGCACGACUACCUCCCCCGCUGUCAGCACCUGGCUCCACACCGCUGCCACCUCGCGUGCCUCUAGAUGAUCUCCGUAAUUUUAGUGAAAUUGAAAAAAUGUAUAGGAAAAUACCAACACCUGACGAUUCACGGCGUGCUCUUGAUUUGGUGAAGCCUCCAAUCUCGUCAGAUAAUGAUUAUUACGUCGGCAGCGAAAACAGCUCGGAAAUUUUAGAUGUUGACAACAAAGAAAAAUCUGAAUAUCGUGCUGAGUCACCGUUGGAUGAAAGAAGUUAUGAUGAUGAACCAGAAGAUUUAAGUGUAAAUAAAAACAAAACUGAUAAUAAACAAAGUGACUAUUCAGAAAAGGGCUCCCGCACAGACAGCUGUACCACCGAUGAUAAAUCGUCGUUAGUACCAAACAAACGAAAGAGGAAAAGUGGUAAUCCAACAAGAUGUUCACAAAGUAAUGAAUACAGUGCUUCUGAUGAAGAGUUUAACGGAGAUUUAUUUAAAAAUUUAAGGGUUGCGAGUUCGAGUCAAAACGAAGAGCCUUUAUCAUUAAAAAAGUUAAAACCAGAAAAAUUGGAGCUAUUUCAGGACUGUGAAGGUAUAAAUGUGAACGCUGAAUCAGUGCCUCGUGUAAAGGCUGAAAGUGAAUCUGAUGAUGAAUCAAGUGCUCCAAGUAUUGUAAGAGAAGGCUUAAGGCUUCGAUCGGAUCUUUACACGCCAAGUGAUAGUGGAAGUGACAUGAAUACACUAGAAGAAAGACUUGCACGCGUUCGGUCGCCUUCCGCUAAUAGUGAUAGAUUGGACGAUAAAACAGAUAUCAAUAAUAUUGAAAUACCUAUAGAUGAAGAAAACCCUGACCGGUGCACUGCUUGCGGGAAAAUAUUUCAAAACCAUUUCACAUUGCGAAUGCAUUACAGAAACGAUCAUUUGAAACUUCUACAUCCUUGUGAUGUAAGCGGAUGUGAUGCUGCGUUUCCUUCGCGGAGAAGUCGAGAUCGUCACAGCUCCAACAUAGAUCUGCAUCGAAGGUUGUUAUCGACGUCGGAUACCAGAGAGCAUCGAGCCCCUUUUGAAAUGAAUACAGAACUAUUAAACAAAUUAUAUUCAGAUAUAAAAGGUCUUGCGUCAACGCUUGAAAGCCUCCGGUACGGUGGUGAAGAGUCGUCCCAAGUUCCCAAUUAUCUGACGGAAACAAUGAAAUUGUACAGUCGAAACUUAAGCGCAUUACAAGCUGGUAUGUUUCCACAGAUGGGAGAUAGGUUUUUUCCUCCAUUUUUGAUGAAUAAUGGCACGCCACAGCCUGGGGGGCUUUAUGGUGCGCCAGCAGGGGCGCAGCUAGCUAGAGAAUCUUUAUCUCCACUUUCAGCAUCAUCACCUCCAGUUAUAUCCCCCGGGAGACUCGACGCAGCCAACGCCCGUCCAAGAGAAGACGCUAAGCUGCUUUUUCGUGAAUCAUCAGAAUCCUACAAGAAGAUGACUUCGCUUUGUGAACGGCAAGAGCAAAUGUACCAACACCACGUGCCCGUGUCAUGACGUCAUGUUUACAACCAUCACGCGACAUGGUGAGCCCUGCCUGUGUCACAGUUCGCGAGAAAGACUUGUAUUUAAUUGUUAAUAUUAUCGUGUUAAUCUUCGUUUUGUAUUUUCUUGUGAUAUUUAGACAAAUAUAUCGAUCCCACGAACUGUAAGUUAGGGGUAGUGUACCUCGGUAUUGACGGAGAAGUGUGCAAUAACAAGUGUAAUGUAUGAUAGAGUCGGCGCAUGUUACUGUCUGUAGGAUAUUCUUAAUCGAUGUUGAAAGUAAACGUUAAUUAAUGAUCAGCUUCAUUUAUUGUUCUGCCGCAAUAAACUCAUUGAAGAAAAA